CAGGGACCGCAAAAUUUACGUUUUGGGUUUGAUAUCGGAAUCGUUUUUCGAAGCCCGCGGGACGUUGUAAAAUAUCGGUUGACGGUGUGAUGCCGCGCGACGAAGAACGGAAAUGUGCGGGGCCCGACUCGACCAUUUUUAAUUGCCCCGGAUGAUUAAGUCUAGUGCAUUUUUCGUUCGUCAGCGAAACGACUCGACGCAAUGGCGUCGGAGAACGAAUAUUGUUGCGAAGACGACCCGAAUUUCGCCGUCGUUUGUGCCUUUUUGGAGAAAUUCGGCUCGCAGAUCGGAGUCGGCGACGUCGAUUUCGUCGAGCUGCAGCGGAUGCUCGAGAACGUCGUCGAAGUUCCUAAAUAUCUAGCCGAACUGCACCUGAAACUACUGAGAAAGAUAAAAAAGACUGUCCACAUCGACCGUUGGGAGAAGACCCUCGUCAAGGUGUGCCACUUGUUCAGCAGCCAGGACGCUUGGGAGGUGGAGAGGUUCGGCUACAAGAAGGCGAAACUGGCCUCCAAGGUGCGCAUCCUAAAGGAACUGCUCGAGAUGCAGUUCGAUUACAACCAAAAGUUCAAGGCGGAAGUGAACAAACUCGAUUCGGACGCGUUGCGUUCGAAACCGCUGGGCAGGGACAAGUCCGGACACGCGUACUGGUGCCAGACCGACGAGAACUACCAAAUACGCGUGUUCAAGGAGGACCUCGACGACGAGAAAUGGACGCUCGUCGCAAAGGACAGGGCGGGCUUGGUCUCCUUAAUAAACGCCCUCAGCGACGGCGACGCGAAAAUCAGCUCCGAUUCCGCCGGCAACGAGGAUAGCAACAGCCUCUCCGAGAAGCCAAUCAUCGACACCGGUCAGCAGGACUCGGAGUCGAAGAAAACGACGCCCGCCGAUAGCGGCGAAGAAUCGAACCAGACCAAGGAGGAGGACGGGGAACCCAAGAGUACUUUCGACGAGAACGAGCUCGUCUCCAAAUACAAAAUCAAAAAUCUCGACGUCGUCGUAUCGGACAUAGUGAAAGUUAGUGAAGUGAUAGUAGAACCGGUGGUUACUGUGGAGGGGGAGGGCUCGGGAAUCGACAAUCAGUGUCCGUUUGUGGUGGGGGACGUCGUGGAGGAGGAAGUCAUGUACUUUAGCGGUCGCGGCAGCGGAAACGAGUGUCUGACGGGGAACGAGACCGAAGGAACCGCCUCCGCGCCUCAAAUCAACAGUAUUAGCCCUCCGAAGGAGUGCAACGGACCCACCGAGGAAGCUCCCGCGGAUAAAGACGAGAUCACGAAGAAGUGCGCGGAAGAAGAAAAAGAGACGAACAAGACUGACGUUGCCAAACCCGAAGAGAAACCUUCGUCGGAAGAAGAAACGAAUAGGCCAGCGGAAGAGCCGAUCUGCGUUAAGAAAACCGCCUACGUGUGCGGCGAUGGCGACGACGCCGUUAAUAAAACGGAAGAUAAGAAGAUCGAAGAGAUUGGGGAAAACGAGCUGAAAACCAAAGAAGAAGCAAAGGUGGAAAAGGAGGAAGCCGACGAAGAGGUAGAAGAAGAUAGAGAAAAGGCGACGCAAGAAGUUUCUGACGACAGAAAGACGACCUCUACGAAGGAGGAGGAGGAGGAGGAGGAGAAGGAGAGUAACGCGAAAGAGGAAAACGAGUCGCCGCCCCCAGUCGAAAACGUCGAACCGGCGGCGGGCGACAUCGACGAGGCCGCAGAGGCGGUGCAGGAAGAAAAGGAUCCGUUGGCAGUUUCCGAAGCGGAGGAGGCGGCGAAACAGCCGCCGCCCGUCAAUUUGACUUCGUUCUCGCUCGAUUUUGACGAAAACGCGCCGGCGCCGCCCAUCCCGGUCGCCCCCACCGGCAUGAGAAAUUUUCGGAAACGAGGGCGGCCUCCGGGAGUGUCGUCCUCUGCGGGGGCGGAGCGCGGCGGCGGCAAACGAAUGAAACUUAAGGGUCGCCGCCAGGUGGACCAGGCCUUGCGACGGAGCGUCGAGCAGCGCAAGGAACGGUUACAGGACGGCGACAGCAGCAGCAGCAGCAGCGACGCCAAAGACAGCGGCGCCGACGGGGGCAAAAAAUCCGCCCCUCACCCGAAAAAAAACUCGCCCGGGAAGGGGAACCGGGCCGAGUCGGUGGAGGCGGCCGCGAAAUCGCCGCCCCCCAAAAAGAAAACUCCCCGGAAGAGCAGAAUGUUGGCGGGCUUGGACAUCCCUAGCGAGCAGCAAUUCGUCGCGGACCCGCCCAUCAGGCAGUCGCGGCGACUCGCCCAGCUGAAGAUCAAGGAGCAGUUCGAGACAAAGAAGACCGACCAGGUGACGUCGGGCUCGAAAAAAAAGGGCAAAGAGGACGGCGACGACGACGACGCCGACGGUUACAAGGUGGAUAAAAGGAAGAGAAACAAGCAGGACAAGGAGGGCCAAUCCGACACUGAAACCCUGGUGGAAAAAAAGAAGAAGAAGAAGAGGAAAGAGAAACCGCUCAGUCAGCUGUUCAACGAGAACAGGCCAUGGGAGUCGAGCAGCGACGACAGCGACGACGAAGACGCCGUCGAAGAGGAGGAGGAGGAGAUCAUCGAGGACGAGUACGAGCUGGUGCUUGACCUCGAUCCGAAAUCUGACCACGAGUUUUCGCCCGAGAGCGACCUCGAAAACGACGACGAAGACUGGCAACCCAUGAAACGAGCCCGAACCGCCCGCAAAGAAUCGGACGCCGAGGAAGCGGACGACUGUCCGUGCCAGAAAUGCGGCAAAUCCGAUCAUCCCGAGUGGAUCCUUCUGUGCGACAAGUGCGACAACGGGUGGCACUGUUCGUGUCUCCGCCCACCGCUGCUCGUCAUACCAGAGGGCGAGUGGUUUUGUCCGCCGUGUCAGCACUCGCGUCUCCUCGAGCAGCUCCACGCGAAACUCGUCGAAUACGACAAGAUGCUAAACAAGAAGGAGAUCGAGGACAGACGCAAGGAACGCCUCGCGUACGUCGGCAUCAGCCUGAACAACGUGUUGCCCAGCAAAGAGCCGGCGGAACAUCGGAAGAAGAAGAGGAGACUGUCGGGGACGGCCGGGUUGACGUCUAGCGGUGACGAGUCGGAAUAUUCGAGGUCGGAUUCGGACAGCGACAGCGACGAACCCAUCUAUCAGCUGAGGCAACGCAGACAAGCGAAGAGCUACAAGUUCAACGAGUACGACGAGAUGAUCAAAACGGCUAUUGGCGAGGACGUAGACCGUCCGGAGGACACGGCCGGCAAUUUGGGCCGCGGCAAAGACAUCCAGACUAUCGUCAAGGGCCUGGAACCGGAGCCGAAAGCGCCGAACGGUAGAUCGGUCGACGACGACGACGACGACAACGACGCCGUCGACGGGGCGCGUCGCAACCGACCCCCGAUCGGCAACCUGCAAAAGAUGCUUCGCAAGAAGCACCGCAAAUUGAACAGCCUCGAGAUCGACAGCGAGGACGAGGACAUCUCCGACGAGGAUUUCCGCGGGACCAGCUCCGACUCGGAGGAAGAAGAGGAGGAGGAGCAGGAGGACGACGACGCCAGCUACGACAGCGACGAUUUCCGAGGCGGGAAAGGGGGCGGCAGACGCCGCGCCCCCGCCAGGAGGUCGGCCAGGGCGAGGGUGCGCCGUUUCGACGCCGACUUCAUUAACGACGACAGCGAUUCGGAGGAGGCGCCGCGACGCAAGAAAAAACGCUCGAUUUGGGACGAGACGUCGGAGAGCGACGCGUCGGGCGGCCGCAGACGGCGCGCAGGUGGCGGCGCUAAGAAGAAAAAGAAGAAGAAGAAACCGGGACGCCUGGAGGACUCGGACCUGGAGCAGCAGCCGCGGCAAAAGAAAAGCCGGCCGAGGAUCAAGUACGGCGGGUUGACCUCGAGCGAGGAAGAGGAUUUGGGUCGGGGGCGUCGCACCCGCGGCAAGAAAACCACCUACGUCGACACGCUGGGCUCCGACACCGACGAGGACGUCUAUAGGAAGAACGCGCGCAAACCUCUGAGCGACGACGACGACGAGGAUUUCGUCGCCAACGACGACGACGACGCCGACGAAGACGACAAAGACAGUGCGGGCAAACGAGACGAGGACGGGGACGAUGUGGACGACGACUACGAAGAGGAGAGAAUGGAAAAACGAGCCCUGAUCGUGCCGAAGAUCUACAUCAAGAAGCCGUCGGGCGACAGGAGGCCUACGACGAAGACGUCCAACAGGCACCACCACCAGGAGGCGGCGACGGCGGCCGCGCCGGAGCCGAGCGGCGUCGACCUGGAGGAGCAGCGACUCCAGGCGCUGAAACGGGCGGAAAUGGAGGCGGCGUUGCAGCGGACGUUACGGGAGGCGGCCGAGGAAUUGGAAAAGGACGACGACCUCGAGGCUCAGCGGAUGGCGGAACGCGGUCUCGUAGCCGAACCGCCCCCGACGUACCUGGCCCCGCCUCCGCCGCCGACGAAGAUCGUCCACGAGCCGAUAGUCAGCAACGUGACGGCGCUGAUAAGGAACGACGACGAGAACGACGAUUUAUCGGAACCGCCCGGUAUAGCGUUGCCGUUGUUCGAGGAGUUGGGCAAUAGGGCGCAGACGCCGGAAGACGCGCGGAAACGGAGGGGCAGGGGACCGGGAAAGAACAAACGCAGUCUGGAGGAGUCGCUGGCGAGUCUGGCGGGUCGGGGGGCGGUCAAGGGGGACGGGAAGCCCGCGAUCGAGAUCGCCGCGCCGCCGCAACCGUUCUCCCAGGCGCAGCCCGCCCCCUCGGUCAUCACGCGCAUGCUCCAGAACCACCCGGGUCAGGCGACGAUGUACCCCAUCGGAAGCAUAAGGCCUAAACAGUUCGCGACGAUGCCCGACGACGAUUCGGACGAGCCGAGUCCGUCGGGGGCGGCGCCCGACUCUCGCGACUCGUCGCCCCACCACAUGCCCCCGCCCAUGCCGAACCAUUACGGAGGGGCGCGGGGCCCGCCCCUCGGCAUGGGAUACCGCCCGCCCGCCAUGAACCACUACCCGAGGACGAUGCCGCCCCCGCAGCAACACAUGCGGGCAGCGCCGCACAUGUACCAUCCGUUGCCGCCGCCGCCGCCGCCCCACCGGUACCCGCCCAUGAGUCAGGCGCCGUCGCGAGCGCCGCCCAUGAUGCCUUACGCGCCGGCGCAGGCCGCGACCGGCGCUCCGCCCCCGCCCGAUCCGUACUACGACGGUUACCCGCCGCAGCAGCCGCCGCCACCCCUCGAAGAUCACGCGAUGCCGCCUCCCGAAUACGAGAGCCAACCGUAUCCGCCGCCCGUCGGUCAAUACGGCGGCGACGGCGGUCCGCCCCAAGACAACGGCAAGGCCUACGACGAGGACGAGCCCGAGGCCGGGGGCGGCGAAUUUGGCGGUUUGGUGUCGUACUUUUCGAGUCAGCGCGAAGACGACCUCGAGUCGUAGUGUAAGUGACGCGCGUUGGGCGGCGGGGCGGUCGUUUUGCUCUGCGCUCGCGGGAUGCGAAAGACUACCAUUUUUUUCCACUUUCUUUUGUUUAGAUAACCACGUCGUUUUAUGUAACUGAAAGUAGUAAGUAACUAGAAAAAAUCGAUAUCGAUACGGCAGUAUCGAUAUCGCCGUAGGAGCGCUAAAUUUUUGACAUCGAAGUGGCAGUUUACGUUUUUCUCUAAGUCCGCACCGUAGAGAAAGUAAUAAAAGAAAGUUUUCAUAGAAUUUCAUAGAAUUAAAACUACUAGAAAAAAGUUCGCAUGAAACUUAUGUCGUUUCGGCCAUUUUCUUCCCGGUUCUUUUGUUUAGAUAACCACGUCGUUUUAUGUAACUGAAAAUAGUAUCUAACUAGAUAAAAUCGAUAUCGAUACGGCAAUAUCGACAUCGCCAUAGGAGCAGUAAAUUUUUGACAUUGAAGUGGCAUUUUACGUUUUUCUCUUAGUCCGCGCCAUAGAGAAAGUAAUAAAAGAAAGUGUCCUAUUUCAUACAAAUAAAACUCCUAGGAAAAAGUUCACAUAGAUAACCACGUCGUUUUAUGUAACUGAAAAUGGUACUAACUAGAAAAAAUCGAUAUCGAUACGGCAAUAUCGAUAUCGCCGUAGGAGCGGUAAAUUUUUGACAUUCAAGUGGCAAUUUGCGUUUUUCUUUUAGUCGUUUUUUAUUUUUAAAAAGAUGUCUACAUUUUACCGCCGCUAAAGAUCAUUCAACAUUAUAAUUCAAAAUUCCUAAGAAAAGGUCUCGCCUAAUCCAUAUCGAAUCUAAACUGAAAUCGACAAACAUCCACAUAAAAAAACGACAAUUCGGAAAACUACAUUCACUACAGUUUUAACGAUUCUAUUAAAUAUCCUAAUCAAAUAUUUAACUAAAUUAUAACUUUUGCCCCAUAAAAACAAAUUUACAGCUUUUAUGAACUUUUUUACAUAUUUCUACCUGAUGAAUACCCUGUUAAAGUUUCUCGGACCAUUUUGUACACAACUCGAAUCACUAACGACUUAAAAAGACGAUUUUUUGAACUGACUUUAUAGUUUUUCUUAAUUACAGACUUUACGUCACAUACCUUUCUAAGAGUAUUAACUCUAUUCCCGAUUCUGUGCUUAAAAUAAGAACCGUUUGGCCUGCGAUCAAAGCGACUCCGGCGGACGUAACUAGAACUACGAACUACGAUAAAGCAGAAACCUACGCGGACGACGGAAAAUCAAAGCGGGUUAUUUAAAACGGAGAUUUUCAUCGACCGCAUAAUGUUUUAGUUAAUUUAAAGGUAUCCCCACUAUAGAAAGCUUUUUAAUUUCGGAACGUGUUUAUUUUUAUGUUCGAAGCCUUCAGUUUUAUUUGCUUAAAAUUAUUUGGUGACUUAUUAAGGAACUUAAGAGAAAAAUAGG